UCGCUUUCCAUUUAGCCGUCUUUAAAAAUCUCUCAAUACAUUUGUAGACUUGCAUUAUUCUUGUAAGAUGAACACUCUGACUGUCUUUUUCAGGUGUAUUAUAAUUGCUUCUAUUCUUCACGAAGCAAUAAACACAAGAGACGAUGCGCAUAAAGAUCACAAUCGGCCUGAAAUGUUGUGUUACAGUUAUUCCAAAAACGGAAGGAACUACAGUUAAACCACUAACGGAAAGAACUACGACUAAACUAGUAACGGAAAGAACUACAGCUAAACCAGUAACGGAAAGAACUACAACGAAACGAGUAACGGAAAGAACUACAGUUAAACCAGUAACGGAAAGAACUACAGCUAAACCAGUAACGGAAAGAACUACAACGAAACCAGUCGAAACAACCACAUGUGGUACGAACAUUAAUAUGCAAUGUCUGCCACUGGGAACUAUGUCUAAAAUGCUGUGCUGGGAAAGUUUUGAGUUCGCCAAAUGCGCUCACCGAAUCAUACAAAGCAACCCAUGUAACAAAGGUAGACUCUGGUUGGCUCAAAGUGUGUUGUCGACACUACAGAAUGGCGGAGAGUUCGCUCGUUGUGGAUACUAUUUGGACCCUAAAUGUGAAUUAGGAUUUUGUUUUGAUCAAACCAGAUUAGACCUCGUACCAUGCUACGAAACGUACAUUGAUCGACCAAGACCAGCUAAAACACCUCGCUGCGGAUAUAUUGUACCAUGCUUUGAAGCGGAUAAGCCUAUUCUCCUUUGUAGUGAUAGGACGUGGACUUUGAGCUGUGCCGCUGAUGGGGUGACUGAUGAUUAUUGUAGAAAAUACUUCGGCCGCGAGUCUUUGACCAUCUGGAGAAAAUAUCAAGAGAAUGGCGAAUUUGAGCGCUGCAACAUGGGUUUAAAUCCCGAGGAUAACACGGUGGAGAUCAGAAUGCCGAACACACGCCACGUCAUGUGCUACAACUUAAGCGGGACUCUAACUAUAAGUUACUCGACCAAUGAGCAGCAAACAAGUCAUUUAAAAGGAUACUCGUGGAUUCUUGUAGUUCUAGUGAUCAUCCCAUUUUUCUUCACAUUCUGAUGGUAGGAAUGCUCCUAUUUUCUACUGAGUUUGGUUCUAGGGUCAUCCUAAUUAUUUUGAGCUAGUGUUGAUCCCAUUUUUUCAGAGUACUCUGUUAAAGCUUCCAAUUUAAUCACGUUUUAGUUGCACACUUUACAUUUUUCUCUCUCCCGUUGAAAUUAAAUAAGCUAUUAAACGGU